AUGGCAUUGUGCUUGAAGAAUCUAGAAGAGAGAAAAGAGGAAGAAGAUGGCAACAGAAGGAGCAUAGAGCAGGCUGUAAAUGAUGUGAAGGCACAUGCUGAUAUGAUUAAACGACAGCUGUCAGAAAAAAUGACUGAGCUUCAGUUACUUCUUCGGGAGGAAGAGAGUCUGGCAAAAAUCUUCAUUGAUGAAAAGACUCAGCAAGCUCUGGGAACAUAUGAUCAGCAUUUGAGGUCCUGUAAAGAACAGCUGGAAGCCCUCGACACCUUCACACAUCGAAUCAGACAAAUACAACAGGACAGUGAUCCUAUUAAUUUGCUGGAGAAGUACGCAGAAAUUGAGAAGGAAAUUAAGGAAUCCAGACACCCAUUAGAAAAGUGGCAUCCAAUACCGCUCUCGUUUGAACACUUACUUAACCAUUAUAAACACUUCAUCAGAGCUCUGCAGUCCAUUCUACAGAAACCAUUGGAUGCCCGGCUUAAAGAAGAUGUUUUCAGUAGCCUUAAUCCCACUGCAAAGAAGGAGCCUGGGACAGUGCUGAAAACCAUGACUCCUGUUGAUCGGUUGCUUUUCUUAAAACAUGCAAGAUCACCAACCUGGGAACAUGACAGCAUUCACCCAAGACUGAAAUUGUCAGAAGACCGUCUUGAAGUAAGCUGUAGCUGGAGGAGAAUACUCUACCCCUGUAGUCCCAAGAGAUUUGAUAAAUUAUGGCAAGUGCUAAGCAGAGACGCAUUCCUUUCUGGGAGCCAUUACUGGGAAGUUGACCUGCGUUGUGCUGGAGAGGGAUGGUGGAUUGGCGCAGCCUACCCGACCAUUGGCAGGAAAGGAGACUCUGAAGCCUGUCGACUGGGCUGGAAUAGAGCAUCUUGGUGCCUUAAGAAAUUUGAUUUUGAAUACUGGGCAUUUCACAAGGGAGAGAGAAUCCCCAUCCUGGUAGAAGAUGAUCCUGAUUGCAUUGGCAUUUUUCUAGAUUAUGAAGCAGGAAUCCUUUCAUUCUACAACGUUAGCGAUGGCAUGGCUCAUUUGCACACCUUCUGCUGCAAGUUCACAGAACCAGUUUAUCCAGCCCUGAGACUCUGGGAAGGGUCCAUUAGAACAUGCAAACUAACAUAAGAAACAAAGCCUACUAGUUCAUGCUUUUUCUGCUAAUGCCAUUUCAGCAAUUUUCUAUAUGAAUUCAUCUCUGUUGUAUCAAAGUUGUAAUUAUGAUGCUUUUAGAAGGUAACAUAAGCUUAG